AUGGAAUCACUCGCCCCCAUAUCACUCAAGCUGCCGUCCAAGUACGCGUCGGGCAAGCUCAGCACGAGCGACUCCACGCCGUCUGAGCCGUCCGUCGAAUGGCUCACCGGCACCUGGACCGUCACCCACUCGACCCUAUCCAUGUGGCGCUCCGCGCGCAACGUCCGCAUCAGCUACAAGCCCCUGCCCCCCAAGGCGGACGGCCGCCCGCGCAUCGACGACCUCGUCGAGUACGAGCCCACGGACAAGACGGCCGUGCGCAAGACGGUCCAGGGCGUCGACACGCAGGCCGCCGCCGCCGGCGGCACGGGCGAAACGGGCGCCGGCGGAUGGGACUGGCGCGGCAAGGGAUGGCUGUUCUUCGUCGGCAGUCACUGGGAGGUGCUCGGCUGGGGGGAGGAGACGACCGCCGAGGGCGCGCGUGAGCGCUGGGCCGUGACGUGGUUCGCGCCGACGCUCUUCACCAAAGAGGGCGUGGACGUCUACUGCGACAGGAGGGAAGGGCUGAGCGAGGCGACGUACAAGAGGGUGGAGGAGGCGCUGAGGAAACUGGAGGCGCCCCCGGUUGUGAGCAUGGUGGACAAGGACAUGCGGCCCGUGGAAAUUAAGCUGCCUUGGACGGAGAAGUGA